AAAUGAGUACUUUGAACUGGCACCAACUGGCAUUCAGAGACCAUGGAACACUCUGCAGGGAUGAAUAAGUGUGAUCUCUGUUUCACAGGUGGGGAGGAUCGCAUCACCGCUAAAUUGAUGUCAGAAAAUGAACUCAUCUGCAUGCCAAGUCUUCUAACCACCUGAUGAUGCCUGGCGCCCACACGGAGAGGCUUCUGAAGGCAUCUCCGGGGUGGAGAAGCGCAGAUGCAUCUGUGUCAUGCUGUAUUAAAGAGGGUCUGAAGAUGGAUUACCAGAAGGCGCAAGCUGAACUACCAGCUGUGUACUGUCCACAUCCAACGGGGAAGGUCUAGACAGUGUAUGGGCAUGGGGUGCCAGUAUCAGCGUGCCCUGGCCGUCGAAAGCAGCCAGUGGAUGUGAGCAUGAAAUGCCAUUCAAGUGCAACUGUGAGCCCUGAUGUGCCCGGCAGCAUAGGCACUCUUGGAUGCACAGAAGCCUGACCAAGACGCCCCAGAAACUAACCUGGACUCCCAGUUCUGACUAUGCUUGGUGCAGAUUGACUUGAAGCUCUGUCCUCUGCCUUUGUAGCUGGCCAGUUCCUCACCUGAAAAAUUUUAGACUGACAUCAAAGUUGCUGAUCCGACUGUUACUAUGUGGGCAAGCUGUUGUAAUUGGUUUUGUUUGGAUGGCUCACCCGAAGAGAUGCAGCCGCAGCCGCAGCAGGGAGCCAGAGCCCAAGCCUAUUCCAACCCUGGGUACAGCUCCUACCCGUCUCCCACUGCCUCUGAACAGAGCUGCAAAGCCUGCGGGGUGCACUUCGACAGCUCCUCUAGGAAGCACAUCUGCUUGGACUGUAAGAAGAAUUUUUGUACGUCCUGCUCAAACCAGCCUGAAGGUGGUCCCCUUCUCUGCCAUCUAUGCCAGCGUUUCCGAGCCACAGCUUUUCAGCGGGAAGAGUUGAUAAAGAUGAAGGUGAAGGAUCUGCGAGACUAUUUGGCACUCCGGGAGAUUUCCACAGAGUUGUGUCGUGAAAAGGAGGACCUGGUAUUUCUGAUUCUUGGCCAGCAGCCUGUCAUUACCCAGGAAGAUCAGAUAAGAACAAAUCCAUUUACUACUAGUGCCUCUGGACAGCAAGACUUUGUGAUUCUCCCACCAACCAGCACAGCAUCUUCUACCUCACAUGAUGCGUCUCCCGUGUCUGCAGAUCCCAUCUCAAGUUCACUAGCUCAGGAACAUCAACAGGCAAAUGGUUAUGUGCCUCCGAGCCAAGCCGGUACGACAGGAGUUGAGAACGCAGCAGAAGCACCAACAGAGGAGGAGACACAGUCUACAGACUCGGAAGAUAACCUGGUGCAGGGAAGGAAGGCUUCUCUCUCUGAUCUAACAAGCAUUGGAGACAUCAAUGCACUCUCCGUGCGACAGCUGAAGGAAAUUCUUGCUCGCAACUUUGUCAACUACAAAGGCUGCUGUGAGAAGUGGGAGCUGCUAGAGAGGGUGACUCGUCUUUAUAAAGAGAAAGACCUUCAACAUCUAGUUUCUGACACUGACGAUCAAACUGGUGGUGCUGGGCUCCCUGGCACGGAGGACAACCUCUGCAAAAUCUGCAUGGACGCACCCAUUGACUGUGUCCUGCUCGAAUGCGGCCACAUGGUCACGUGCACCAAGUGUGGGAAGCGGAUGAGCGAGUGUCCCAUAUGCAGGCAGUACGUGAUAAGGGCUGUCCAUGUCUUUAAGUCCUAAGCAUGCGUAAGGAAGACUGGUGAUGCCUUAAAACCUCAUCUGCUGUUAGAGAAGUGGUCAAAAUCCCUACAAAUAGUUAGGUCAGCGAUUAGCCUAUGGACCCCAUUGGAAGCUGGAAGUGAGGGAAGGAUGAAGCCUGGGGAAAACUGCUCUUUACUCAAGCCACGCCUGGCUGUGCUCUUCCCACUAUAGUGCUUUACACCGCAGUGCCUGGACUCCUUGGAGCUUGUUGCCAGCAGCAGACACAGAAAUCAUUAACCACCUACGUUCUAGAAUAACUUGAUCCGCUAGCGUUGGGGAUAGACAGAUGCUUGGCUUUCCACCACAAAGAUUGGAUUCGGAGGCUUCGUAUUUUCCCCUGAAUAAUAACCGAAAGUGGAAUGGGGUCUCCAAAAGGGACAUUUGUUUUGCUGAUUAGGCUUUACACCCAGCAACAACUUUAUUUUCAAAGAUUAAAAGUUUUUUGUGCUUGGUAAUCUUUUUUUUUUUUUUAAACUUAAAUUCUUAUGCUUGCAGGACAGGCAGACUGCCUCUGAUUUCCAUAUUCAGAAUAAGCAUAAUUCUAGCCUAGUGCAAUUGUGGAAAGAUGUAUAAUUUUAUUUGAAGAUAGGACUUUGUAUAAUUGAAAAGUGUAAGGGGAGUGAGACUCCGUGAAUGACACAGCCUUACCUUGUGUGGUGGUGGUCUGUUUACGUGCCAGCCAGAGGGGGGAUUUCUAGUUUUGAUUGUUGUCAAUUCCUUUGACUUCACAGGCUUCCUUACAGUAUAUGCCAGCAGUGGUUUUAAACCUGAACUGACUUCACUGAUUAAGGAGCUACAAAUCCAAGGCUUGAGUCUUUUAAAGGGUUUAGUGAGGGAAACAUACAGCUAAAGAGUAGGAAGGACUCCAUUGCUACACAAUCAUAUUUAAGUACAAGUAAUGUUUUCUUUUUAGAGGGAAGACAUGAAAAGAAAGCAUACUUUAUCUCCCUUGAAUCAGUAAGAUGAACGCUCCAGCUUCCCUCCAUCCUCCCCUUUGCUCAGUUUUACAGUCCUGUUACAUCCAGACUGCUUAUCAAAAGCAAUUUAUUUUGUGUUCUUUUGCUUGCGAGGGUGGAUAGCAGAUUGUGGUCUGAUAUAUGACAAUUGCAAGCCCUUACAGCUGUCCUCAUGAACAGCGCCUUCAUUUGGAAGCCUUACUAGAGAAAAUUGUAACUGGCGUAUUUUUCCCUCAGUGGCCUGCAAGUGUUCAAGCUGUUUGGCUGCUAACACACCUCAGUUUCAGAAUCUUGAUGCCUUAAGUCUUCAGCCACCAUGGGAUUGUUACUCAUUUCAAGUCAUUUGUGAAGUUGAGUACCUUCUGCUUUCCCCUGUAGGGGGGAGUGUGAUCACUUGAUCACUUAGUGUCCAAACCAAAUCUCUGCCAGCAGAGCAACAGCACAAAAACCAAGUGUCCCCUUACAGCUUCCGGAGUAGUGGAAAUGCAGUUACAGAAACGAUCACCAAAGCCAUCUACUUUUGCAAUAAGUUGUAACGUACGUUAACAGCAAAUCAAACUUGUGUAAUCUUUACCAUGGAAUAUCACAUGAGUAGCAACUCGCUUCUCAGCUGGCACAGAGUGGAGGGGCUCUAGUCUGCAAGUUGGAAUCAAAAAAGCGCUUAAGAUGAGGAAAUCUGGCACAUGGUAGGUAGGGAGCAGAACCUCUGCGCUAUUGAGGU